AAUAUUGGUGAGCAGCCAUGAAGCAGGUAAAUAGCUACAGGUGUAAAUAAACUUCCGUUUGUGGAUUAUUCAUUUCCACAUGCAUUUCCCCCAAUACGUGUUCAAAGUAAACCAGGCUAAUAAGAUUCAUAGUGGGAGGGUAGAAAGCCGUGUAUCUACCAUUCAGACGCAUAUACUCCAACCAGAAGCCAGAAAAAGAGGGAGCGGGCGAAAAACGGCCAGUAAUGGUCAUCCACACACAAGUACACUGUAGGUGUGGUGUAGAGAACAAGAGUUGUGUCUGAGGCAUGUUUUAAGACUAGUGUAAUUCCAGGUGCGUAUAAGAGCGUCAUGGAUAAAGCGAAACUAGCGCAGCUGAGAUCAGCGAUAGGGAAUGUCGUGGACGCGUUAGUCAUCAGGAGCCUCGGUGCAGACACCGGCGCCUAAUUUACGGUCUGUUUUUCGUCGUCGUGAUGGUUUAGUGAUGUAGAUUUUCGAGACCCACAGGCGGGAGCACCGUGUCUUCAGUUCACACCACAGUGCACUUGUUUCUCUACUGACUUCCACUGAUCGGUUUGGGUGAAACAACAGACUAAAUAUGGAUACGCCGAGGGAAACCAGGAAACAAACAAUCAAAGCCAAGUCAGCCAAGCGCAAGAAUAAGACGCACAAGUCCCAAAAGCUGUUCAGAAGGAAAUCGUUAAAAUCGCUUGGAAAUUUUAUAGGCAGGAUUGUCAGAACUUUGGGCACUUUGGCACACUUGGGGGCCGCAGACCAGCCGGACGCGGCGGCGGAGGAUGAUGAUGGUGGGUUUGGAGACACUCUGAGCGCCCACAACUCUGGGAAUUACAGAGAGAACUCGGUGAGGAAGACCGCUGCGCCCUCAUCUUCUUAUGGAUCUGUCAAAGAAAGACUGUCCUGGUGCUACGGCGAGAAAACUCCGGGAGUUCAGGGUCUGAAAAAUCACGGAAACACCUGUUUCAUGAACGCCGUGGUGCAGUGCUUGAGUAACACGGAACUUCUGGCAGAGUAUUUGGGUCUGGAGCAGUAUAAAUGUGAAUUAAAUGAGCGGAGGAUCAACGGGAUGAUGAGGAAUGAGGAGGUGAGAGGGGAGGUGACGGAGAAGCUGGCAUCGCUAGUUAGGGCGCUCUGGACGCUCGAUUACACGCCUCAGCUGUCGGUGGAAUUUAAGAGUGUUGUGUCCAAGUAUGGCUCUCAGUUCAAGGGGAAUGCUCAACACGACGCUUUGGAGUUCCUUCUGUGGCUCCUGGACUGUGUGCAUGAGGAUGCCAGCCUCUCCACCAACAACAACUACAGCAGCAAAACCAAAUCAUCCAGCAAGGGUUCUGUGGGAUUGGAGGAGAGUUCAUGCCCCAGCCCAGCAAACUCACAGCAGCCUGGAACUCGACACAGUUUCGUACAGGAGCACUUCCAAGCUCAGUACAGGUCAGACACCCCUUAA